AUGGAAGUCGACUCAUCACUUCCCUCGGUCCCAUACAACCGCGAAGCAAUCUACGCAGCUCUCACAGCUUUCGAAGAGUCGGAUCCCGAGUUCCAAGCUGGCAUACAGACCAUCAUUGGGCCCAUGCAAACCUCUGGCGUCCCACAAGAACAGAUUGAAGAGACCAAAAAGCGGGCGAAAGUCUUCUUCUGGUCACAAAAGACGGGGAAUCAGGUCGACUAUGCUGAUUACAAGGCGUGGCUGGCGAGCAAUCCUGCAUCCUCUACAUUGACAGCGAACGACACAAGUAACGAUGUCCUAGCCGCCUCAGGGACAAAGGCCUCGACGCAAGCAGAGGAGGCAGAGAAGAAAGAGGACAAAGAGCCAUAUCCGGCAUCCUUCGAUGCAAUUGUCGAGUUAAUCACGACAGGCAAGACAGAUCAGAUUCCGGGUAUCAGAGAUAUCCCAUUGAAGAUCAACGAAGAGGAACCAACACAAGCUACGAUGAGUCGGCCAUUGAAGCCGUGGGAAAAGGUAGAUGUACCGCCGGUCGAGCUCCCCGAACCGAGUACUCAGACUGUGGCACCGACAGAGCCGGACUCUAUUGCUGCUGCUACACAUUCAGAGUCGUCUUUGGCAAGCUAA